AUGUCGGCCAAGCGAGCCAACCUCUUUUCUCAAGGCCGGCCGGACGACCCUUACCAGGACCGUGAUGGGCCUCCAGAUCCGCCCAAGCGGGCCACGGCAGCACAGAUGGCAGCCCGCAAAAUCAAGAGCCUGCACAUCCUCGACCGUAUCCUUCCUACCGCCGGCGCUAUGCCGCCACCGCCAGCGAGAUAUACGAUCGAAUGGCGCAAGGCCGAGGCCAGGCGUCGUCGCCAGAAGGAACUGUGCCAGGCGCCUCAAGCGGACAUUGGCACUUGUACCUACUCUGAUACUGACCUGGAGAUGCAGGGCAUGUCACAAAGCGCCAACUUUGGCAGUCCGUUAGGCGGCUUCGGAUCGCCCGCGCCCGGCGAGAACGGUACCAGCUCCUUCACUGGCUUCGGGGCAGCGAAUAAUGGCAGCAAUGAUGUCUUUGGAGCCGGCACAACCAACAGCUUCCCGCCUGCACAACCGCCAGCACCGAGCAACAACUUCUCGAAUUCCUCUUUUCCAGCCUUCGGCACCAGCACACCGGGCACCAACUUCAAUCCCCAGCCGCCCUCUUCCAACGGUUUCAACUUCUCCGUUGGGUCCGUCAGCAACAACCCAUUUGGAGCAUCUGCGCCCGCGCCUGCGAAGAACGGAGACACAUCAACGCCAGCAUUCGGCGGCUCAUCGCUCUUCAGCUCGCAAGGCCCGAGUAGCCUGUUUGGUGGACCCACACAAAACAACACAAACUCAGCACCGUCAGGCAGCAUGUUUGGAGGAGCGACUGGCAAUGCCACUCAGAGCAAUACCAUGUUUGGAGCGACUAGCAGCGCACCACAGGCCAAUAGUAUAUUUGGGGCGACUAGCAGCGCACCACAGAACAACAACAUGUUUGCGCCAACUAGCAAUGCAUCUCAGAACAACUUGUUCGCACACACCAGCAGCGCUUCUCAAAGCAGCCUCUUCAGCAGCACCACCACCGCUACCGAUGCGCCAAAGGCUGCGACGACUACCGCACCAGCCUCGACACCUUUCACAUUUGGCUCUCCUGCCCCCGGCAACGCAACGCCGGCAACAGGCAGCCUGUUUUCUGGAUUCGGCGCGUCCACUCAGACAGCACCGCCAGCAACAAGCACCAUGUUCGGUGGAUCCGGUGCGUCUACCCAGACAGCACCGCCAGCACAAAACAACGCUUUCAACUUCGGAUCGAGCACACCGAAUAAGGAUCCCCCAUCACAGCAGGCACAGAACAGCAUGUUCGGCGGUACUUCCACGAGUGCGCAAGCGUCAACAGGCUUUGCUGCGACUGCACCUGCACCUGCUUCCAACUCUCUCAACUUCGCCUCGGCGACUUCCAACAGCAACGUAUCCACGCCCACACUUUUUGGUGCUUCUAGUGCUGCGACACCAAGUAGCACAGCGCCAGCAACAGCGCCAGCGCCUACAUCAGGCCUAUUCAGCUUCAAUCCUACCGCACCGAAGAAUGACACGCCUGCGCCCAGUGCGUUGAAUACAUCAAGCGCCCCGACAGCGAGCUUCAGUGCGCCUGCGCCAGCAUCAACGCCAGCUGGCAAUCCAUUUGCAAACCUGGCACCUGCGUCAGAAUCAACGAGCGUGAAACCUUCACUGUUCACUCCAAGCUUCACUCCACAGGCUCAGGAAAAGGCCACCUCGACGUCAAACAACCUGUUCAGCGGUCUCACUCCAUCGAAGCAAAAUAAUGAUGCAUCCUCCGAGACACCAAAGGCAAACCCUUUUGCAUCGCUCACAAAGCCGGCGAGUACACCCACAGCGGCGCCGGCACCGACUUUCUCAGGAUUUGGCGGUUUUGGAGCUGCACAGAAGAAAGACGGCUCGUCUGGUGAUUCUAAAACGCCUUCAGAUUCCUCCCAUGGGCCUGGCGCAUCGAAGCCAGGCUUGUUCAAUGCAUUCAGCACGCCACAGCCUGCAAAGACGGCUGAUGUAGACAAGCCCGCGUUCAAUACUGUGCAAUCGAAGCCGGGCACUGGCCUCUUUGCCAAGCCUUUCACGUCGUCGUCGUCGGAAUCGUCCAUCUUCAAUCCGGAGGCAUUCAAGAUGGAUCCCAAAACUUCGGGGUUUUCAACCCCCAAUAAAUCCUCAGAGGAGGCACCCAAGGAGGCGCAGAGCACCCCUAGGGAGUCCAACCCCUUCAAUCAGCAAUCCACACCAGCAAGUGAACGUCCCAAUUUGUUCAGUGCGCCUAAGGAGACACCCGCAGCAUCUCCAGCUCCUCAGCCUUCGACCUUCACUGGUGCCAGUGCUGGUACAUCCAGAGCUUCGGAGUUACCAAAGGUUCCCAAGGUUCUUGUUCCCAAGUCAUGGCCUCAGCCAGGUUCGCUAGCUGCUCUAGAUACGAACGGAGUCCAUCACCAUAUCGCAGAGUUAACUGCGCAGCUUCAGUUAUUAAACGACAGGUACAGACAGCAGCUCAUCAGUUUACCUUUGCCGGCGGACUGGUCUGCCAUCUCCUUGUGGCACUACCAACAUGCUUCCGAUAUCAAGAAGAGGAUCGACAACGCAAGGAAGCAACGUGCAGCUGCCAAUGGAGUCACCGGAACUGAAUCAGCUUUAUCAGUAAAACGCAAGGUAGCCGAGGACAGUUAUGAGAAUCAGGAUCCCUCGCCAUCCAAGCGGGCUCGUGGUGGUGAUGCACCCGCAACACCAACCCCUCAACCCUCUGCCCCUACGCCGAGCCUGCAACCGACGGCAACAUCAACAUCAAACAUGUUCGCCAAGGCCAUCAACGGAACCAAGUCUUCGUCCUCAUCUGCAGGAUCGGGCCUCUUUACCCCACAGAAGGCCGAUAAGGCGCCAAUUGAGCCAACGAAAUCGACCCCAGCGGCAUCAGGCUUCACCCCUUGCCUCUUUACCUCCACUGCGUCUUCAUCCUCUGGCUUCAAGCCUAGCUUUGGAAGUACGCCAGUAGGUGGUUUCAAGCCCUCAACCGGUUCUUCGAGUGGUGGCAACUUCAUGAGCCAGUUCAAGAAGGGAGCGAAAACCUAUGAAGAGCUUUACGCGGAGCGAAAGGCCAAGGCGAUGGCAGAGGAUUUUGAUGAAGAUGACGAGACCGAGGAAGAGUGGUCUGCUAGGUAUGAUAAAGAGGAGGCUGAGCGCAUCGCCAAAGCGAGUAGGCAGGUCGCAGAAAGUACCCCCAGCUUCGGUGCUGUUGGCUCAGCAACGUCGUCCGGUACCGCCACUCCUACCGCAGCUAACCCCUUUUCAACUCUGAAGAAGCCUGUUGCCCCAACAUCGGCCUCGAAUGCCUCCACACCUCGUGCUGGUAGUCCCGCAUCGUCCACUGGUAGCCAACCUGUGCUUUUCACGGCAAGCAAUGCCCCUACAUCUGCCAACAUAUUUGGGCAUCUUUCAUCUGGUCCAUCUUCAAACCAUGAAGAAGAGUCUGAUGAAGACAAUGGUGAACACCAACCUGUUGGUUCAGGUGAGCCCAUGACGCCGCCAACACGCCAAAGCGGUGACUCUGCGGUUGAGAAGGACGAGUCGUUUGGGGAGAGCGCAAGAGGCAAGAAGCAAGAAACUGGGGAUAGCUCCAAGGGCAGUCUUCUUUCAAGGAUGACGAGAGAUGACUCCAAUGAUUCCGGUUCCGAGAAGGGUGACGGUAGUACAUUUGCUUUUGGACAGUCGAGCGGCGCACAAACCCCGACAAACAAGCCAUUCUCCUUUUUCGAUUUCGGCGCUGCCAGCUCGAAACCCUCUAGCCCCAAGCCUGAUACGUUUGCCGGUGACCAAACGUUCAAGCCUGGAACUCCCAUUAAAUUCAAUGAGACUCCAGCUACCGAUAAGAAGGGUUCAGCACCUCUCUUCCAGUUCCAGCCUGCCACCCCUGCACCGGGCGAAUUCUCAACCACUCCAGCCAAACCACCACCCACGUCACUUUUCAACUUUGCUCCAUCUACUGGCGGAUCGUCAUUGUUGCCACUAAGCGCAGGGCUUUCCAGUGCAAGCUCCAUGCCAUCAUCGGUCUUCUCUUCCCGCGCCGGAACACCUCUCUCGGAGGGCGAUACCAAUGCGUCUGCUGCGGAGAACGAUGAGGAGGAGGAGGAAGGCCAGGCAACACAGGUCGACUUUUCGCAACUUACUCCAGAGGAGACUAAUGCAAAUGACGUGGUUUUCCACACAGACGUCGUGCUUGCCAAGCAUCAGGUUGAUGACGGCAAACAAAAAACUUGGGCAAACCUGGCAAAGGGACCCAUCUGGAUUCUCAAAGACAAGAAGACUGCCAAGUGCUUUGUUCGCAUCCGCCUUCCCAACGGAUCAACCCCUCUCAACUACUCCAUCCUUCCCUCGAUCCGCGCCACCGUGACGGGUAGCAGCAAGAAGAUGGUCCUCACAUCCAAGCCAGCCAAGGAAGGUGGUCUGCAAUCCAUCCUAUACGCAGUCAAGUCGCCAGAACUCGCCGAAGAGUUUGCCACAAAGUACAACGACUCCUUGCCUUCUUCCUAA